ACGUGUAGGCUAACGAGCAGAGAAGAGCGGCCACACCCUGUGCUACAUUGCCAGAAGUAACACAAACCCGUAGGACGUAGAUAUUGCACAGCUCGACGGGGCCAUGGAAGGCGAGCAGAAAGGGGUCGUAUACUGUUGGUCCAAGGCAACGUCACAGAAGAGGUCCCAGCUGUCUGUUCAAACAACCUGCAAUGGACAGAUAGAGAAUGGGCUGCGUAAAAAGAAGCAACGGGGGACUCGGGACAUGGCCCCAAAGGCGGCGAGGGCGGCGAGGGCGGCGAGGGCUGAUGUCCACGGCGGUGGGCAUUAGCCAAGGGAAAACUCGUACCCAUGCUCCCUGCGGCGGUGAGUUUGUCAUCAUGGUCGCAACGGCGGUUGUGGCCGCCACUGGGUACCACGGAGAGCACGGAGAAUUGCGACUGGACGAGGCGAACUUGAUGUUUGCAGCUGCUGUCCAGAAGGGCCGUCCGCUCGCCCCUGGCCCUUCCCUGGACUAUCUCGUCUUCGACUCUUUUUCCCUCGCAUGUUUUCACUUCUUCCCUCGACUAAACGGAGCAAAGCAACAUCUCGUGAUGAGGACUUGCUGCCUUUCCUUUCCCUGCCUUCACGAUCGGCGCGGGCUGCCCCAUCCCUCCGCACGCGGCGCCCCAGCUCGUCAGCCUCACGUCCCUCCCACAAGCCGCGACCGUCGCAACCGUCGCAGCCGUGUCCACCGGGCCACGCGAGUUGAUCUCCCUUCUUUCUCGCUCGUUUCGAACCGUCAUUGCCGCUGGUGCCUUGCGAAGAACGUUCAGAGCCGCGUGUCACCUCAAUGCUCGUCGUCCCGACUCUGCAGGAUGCGAAUGCCAACCCACGUCGCCGCGUGGCCGGUAUUCAACCCGUGUUAUCGCCCUCACCGCCUGCGCCCGGCCGAGCUCCGACCACCGCUGUAGCCGGAGCCGAUGCCACUGAAAGAAUCCGAGGAGGCCGUGUUGCUCGAAUAUCCAAACCCCGGCCACGAGCGCUGCUUCACCC